AUGAGGUAUGGCAGUGAUCAGGACACUGGUAUGGGGUACGACGGUGAUCAGGAUGCUGAUAUGGGGUAUGGUGGUGAUCAGGAUGCUAGUAUGAGGUAUGGCAGUGAUCAGGACGCUGGUAUGGGGUAUGGCAGUGAUCAGGAUGCUGGUAUGGGGUAUGAUGGUGAUCAGGACGCUGAUAUGGGGUAUGGUGGUGAUCAGGGCACUGGUAUGAGGUAUGGCGGUAAUUAGAACACUGGUAUAGGGUAUGGUGGUGAUCAGGGCGCUGGUAUGAGGUAUGGCAGUGAUCAGGGCAUUGGUAU